UUUGUUUGGGCUCUGAAUCAGAGUUAGAAAGAGAUAAAGAAGAGAAUCAAGGAGAUACUUACUUUGCCUAUGGCUGACAACGGUGAGGAGAAGCUGCUUGCGGUGGCUAGGCAUAUAGCCAAGACGCUGGGCCAGAACGACACCAUGGCCGACGAUAUUUUGCAGAUCUUCUCCAACUUCGACGGCAGGUUUUCUCGCGAGAAGCUCUCUGAGAAUAUGGUUGACGGCAACAAUCCUCGUGGCUGCGCCGUCCUCGACCGAGCUCUUCAUUCCUUGGACCGUCAGAUCUCCCAAUACGUGGCGCUUGAUCACCCCAUCUGGGCUCACUCCGCCGAUUCCUCUGCCUUCCUUGACGCUAUUGACGAAUUGAUUCGUACGAUUAGGGACUGGAGCCCCAUGGCCGCCGAGAAAUCAGUUGGCGCUUGCCUUGCACGCGCCGACGACCUUAUGCAACAGGCCAUGUUCCGCGUCGAGGAUGAGUUCAGGUCUCUUAUGGACCGAGGCGCUGAUUCGUUUGAACUGGGUCGGAACAACCACGAGUCAACCGGGAACUUAUCAUUCGAUUCUGACGAUGACAACGAAGAAAACGAGGAAGGUCUUCUUCACAACGGUGCAGCUCUUGAUCAUCAGAUCCCUGUAGCCCAACCGGUAACGGACUAUGACAUCGUAAUCGAUGCCCUUCCUUCGGGGACUAUUAACGACCUUCACGAGAUCGCCAAGCGCAUGGUAGCGGCAGGGUUCGGUAAAGAGUGCUCUCACGUUUACAGCACCUGCCGCAGAGAGUUCCUCGAAGAGAGCAUCUCGAGGCUAGGAUUACAGAAAUUGAGCAUCGAUGAAGUCCAAAAAAUGCCCUGGCAGGAACUGGAAGAUGAGAUUGAACGCUGGAUCAAAGCUGCUAACGUUUCCCUCCGUAUCCUCUUCCCGAGCGAACGCCGGUUAUGUGAUCGCAUCUUUUUCGGAUUCUCCUCAGCUGCUGAUCUCUCCUUCAUGGAAGUCUGCCGUGGCUCCACCAUUCAGUUACUUAAUUUCGCUGACGCCAUUGCUAUAGGAAGUCGAUCGCCCGAGAGGCUUUUCAAAGUUCUUGAUGUGUUCGAGACUAUGCGAGACUUGAUGCCUGAAUUCGAUUCUGUAUUCUCUGAUCAAUACUGUUUGGUUCUUAGAAACGAAGCCAUUACCAUUUGGAAGAGAUUGGGAGAAGCAAUUAGAGGGAUAUUCAUGGAAUUAGAGAAUUUGAUUCGGCGAGACCCCGCUAAGGCAGCUGUUCCUGGCGGUGGACUCCAUCCAAUCACUCGAUAUGUAAUGAACUAUCUCCGUGCAGCUUGUCGUUCACGACAGACAUUAGAACAAGUUUUUGACGAAAGUAAUGUGGUCGUUCCAUCGCUUGAUGAUAGACGUGUGUCUUCAUCAUCAAUGUCAGUUCAGAUGGCAUGGAUUAUGGAGCUUUUGGAGAGUAAUUUGGAGAUGAAGUCCAGGAUUUAUAGAGACUCUGCUUUGUGCUCCAUUUUUAUGAUGAACAAUGGAAGAUACAUCGUACAAAAAGUGAAGGAUAGUGAGUUGGAGUCACUUUUGGGUGAUGAUUGGAUCCGAAAACACAAUGCCAAAGUCCGGCAAUAUUGUACGAAUUAUCAAAGAAGUUCAUGGAACAAGAUUUUGGGUACGUUAAAGCUCGACAAUUCCUCUUUAGCUUCGAAUGCAAUUGCCAAGUCCAUGAAAGAGAAGAUCAAGUCAUUCAAUUCUCAAUUCGAUGAUGUAUGUAAAACACAGUCAUCAUGGGUUGUAUUCGACGAGCAGCUGAGAGAAGAGAUGAGGAUUUCAGUGUCUAGACUUCUAUUACCAGCUUAUAGAAACUUCAUCGGGAGGCUCCAAUGUAUCCCUGAAAUAGGGAGGAACGUCGAUAGGCUUAUCAGGUACGGUCCAGAGGAUAUUGAGGCCAGGAUUAACGAGCUGUUUGAAGGCGGCAACGGAUCAUCCGGUGGAAGGAAGUAGUAGCUGAUGCAACUUCAGGGUUCUUGUGUGGGUAUGUGUUAUGCAUUUUAGCACACUAUUUCGGCUUAUAUUUGCGAAUCAUAAUCCUGCGGUCUUGUCCUUUUUUUUGUAUAUAGGGAAUCUGAUCAUACAUGAGAUAUUAUCAUUUGUUGUAUGAACUGUGUAGAAUCCUUAUAACAUGUAUUUUUCUUUCUUUA